CCCCAGUCUGUGGACCCUCGUGGACAUCAGCCCCCCCUGACACAGACAGCAGAUAAGAUCGAUGCAGUAAGUCAACCAUGUAAACUUUUCGCAUUCCCAGGACUGACCAUGGCGCGUCAAGCAAGCGCCCUGGUGACCUCCAAAUGGCUCGCCGACGCUUUCAGGGCUCAACGAAAAAUGCGCAUCCUGGACACGUCUUGGUAUUUGCCCAAACUGAAGCGAAAUCCCAAGAGUGAGUUCAAGAGGAGACACAUCCCGGGCGCAGCUUUUUUCGACUUAGACCAGUGCUGCGACAGAAGCUCUCCUCUGGAUCACAUGCUGCCCUCGGAGGAGCUUUUUGCUGACUAUGUCGGGAGGUUGGGGAUAGACAACGACACCCAGGUCGUGCUGUACGACUGUAGCGAGUUCGGUGCGUUCUCGGCCCCCCGUGUGUGGUGGAUGUUUCGGGUGUUCGGCCACGGCGCCGUGUCUCUGCUGGAUGGAGGUUUUAAAAACUGGGAGCUGGAGGGUCGACCGGUCACUGAGCAGUACACCAAACCCUCUUCUGCUGAGUUCUGCGCCUCUCUGAACCGCGCGUGGGUGAAGACCUACCAGGACAUCCUGGACAACCUGCAUACCAAGAAGUUCCAGGUGGUGGAUGCCAGACCUGCAGGCAGGUUCAGAGGUCUGGACCCUGAACCAAGACGCAACACAGAGCCAGGCCACAUCCCAGGCUCCAUCAGCCUUCCAUUCCACUUGUUCCUGGCGCCUUCGGGUCACUUCCUCCCUAAGCAGCAACUGGCGGAUCUGUUCUCUCGUGCCGGCGUGGAUCUCCGUCGCCCCAUUUGUGUUUUGUGCGGUUCUGCCGUGACCACGGGCCACGUGGCUCUCGCGGCUCAUGAAAGCGGACAUCCGGGUGUGUGGGUGUACGACGGCGGCUGGUCGGAGUGGUACACCCGCGCAGUUCCUGAAAAUGUCAUAUCGGAGGGAAAAGGGAAGCACUUGUUGUUGUUUUAGGACAACGGACUUCAGAACUGGACCAACGGGAUCACACAAGUCAAUUUGGGGAUUGUUUGUCGUUUCACGCUAAGAAGUUGUGGAUUAAACUGAAAAACUUACUUUGAUGAAAAUUGUUUUUGGUGUUUUAACAUGUUUUUGUUGCAUUCUUCUGAUGAUAAAGGACAUAUAUAAAAAAAUGGAGCUCAUAUAAUUGCAGUUCAGAGUAUAAUGAUUAUGAAUCAGGAGCAAUACUCCAAGAUCUCAGGGAGAGGAAGGGGGGCGGGAUUGCUCUGCGGCAGCAGUCCCGCCCACAACUCAGAGGUGAAUUUCUAAUGAACUACUACUGCUCUGCAGAAACUAUGUCCUAGAAAACUAAAUUUUUUUUUUUUUAAUUUAGAUAAAAAAUAACAUAAUGAAAAGAUCAACACUUUUCCAAUGGAUCAAAAGAUUAUCAGAGUGGAACUUGAAGUCACAACAAUGCAUAAUGAAAAGGAUAAUAUUCACUCUUUUUAGAAGCUGAAAAAUAAACUUUUAAUUAACUCUAAGGCUCUACUUACACUACAGGUCUUAGUUUUUCUCAACCAAACAAAACAGGUUUUGGAGAGGAAACUUAAAGUGUUAUGUAGUUAAACUGUGUCAAAACCCAAAGCAAAGAGCUGAUGUUUCUAAAUCGAUGUAUUUCAAAAGUUUGGUAGCCCUAUUAUUUUAAAAUGUCCAAGCUGUGCUGCUCAUAAACCAAAACAAAAAAA